CCCAAGCCUACACGCGAUCGCGCGCGCAUUAUGUGGCGUCGUCAAUUCUCGCCACCGACGACGACGACGAUGCUGGGGUUCCCGUGCUUACGACGCGUAGACGUGCUCCGGACGGUGCAGCUUGGGCAGCGGAGAUGGAUUACGGCGUCCGCGCGCAGGCUGGCGGAGACGGCGGACGGUCCCGCGGUUACGCAGACUAAUAAGGCGGAGGCUACGAUGAAGCGUUUUUGGAAGGAUGUGGACGUCGCAGAACGCGACGGGGGCUACGUCGUUACCCUCGACAGGCGCGCAUUGAAGACUCCCUCCGGCAACACCCUGCUCCUCCCGCGUAACAAGUUUGCGGUCGCGUCGCUCAUUGCGGCGGAAUGGGAGAGCCAGUCAACAGUGCUGAAGCCGCAUGCUUUGCCAAUAACUUCCCUUGCCUCGCGCGCGAUCGACGCGUUCACCAACGCUACCGAACGCGCACAGGUGCAAAAAGGCCUCUUGGACUAUUUGCAUACGGACACCAUCUGCUUCCACCAGGACGAGCCUCACCAACUCGUUACUCUGCAGAAGCAACACUGGGAUCCCCUACUGGACUGGGCACGCAAAACCUACGGGGUCGACGUCCGCAAGGCCGAGUCGCUGUUCUCCAGCACCCAGCCGCCAGAAACGGCCGACAAACUGGCGAAGGCAUUGGACGAGCUGGAUCAGUGGGAGCUAGCUUCAUUCGAGCGCGCCACGCACGUCACGAAGUCCUUCUUGAUCGCGUUGGCCCUCGUCAAGCGUUGCUUAAAUGUCGAGCAGGCGGCGAACGCCGCGCAUGUCGAAGUCAACAGCCAGAUUCAGCGGUGGGGAGAGGUUGAGGACACCCACGACGUCGACUACCACGACGUGCGCCGGCAGCUAGGCUCCGCCGCGUGCCUCUUGAUGCGCGUAUAGCACUUUCGCUAUAAGCACCUCCCAGUACACCAUCUGUCAGUACUGGCGCAGGCGAUACUAUCCACCGGUCCUUGGCGCUCAUCUCGUCAGUAGAGAGUGGACGACACCUCUGCUAGAAUAAGGCUUCCAUGCUCGGGAAGUUUCUGCGCGUUGGGUGCUAGAAGAGGAGAGGAUCCGAGGACCGGUACCUCCACACCGGCUAGGGUAUCUCUACACCGGCUCAUACACCUCCUACCCUCGUGAUAGCUUCACGUAGACGUCCGUGUGCAAUCGAGCCUCUCUGUGCUUGCCAGCGCACUAUCCCCGC